UGGGGCGCACGAAUUGUCGCAGUGUUCUUCGAAAAAUCCGAAGACGAAAAAACAAUUAAAAAGAGAGAGAAUCGAUCAGCUGACGUGAAUCAUCAGAAUGACAUGAUUGCAGUCGUCAUUCAACGCAAGAGUGUCUGAUCCCAGUGUCGCUGUGUUUUUUAUUCCCUUUGCCAAUUUUUUGACAUACGCGGCCACUCGACAGAUCAAAAUGGCGUGAGUGACCGAAAAAUAAUAAUAAAAAUCAAGUGCCCUCCCCUCAAUCUCCCCUACUACCCCACCGCACAUCCGCACGACAGUACCUUCCCGCCCAAAUUGUUGAUCCAGUGAUUUUUGAGGUUAGGUGACCAGCCAGUGCAAAAUUUUUCAACCUUGAACCGCAAUUUAUCAACGUAUACACCUGAAUUAUGUGACAUUGGUGUUCGGCGAAUUGUCAGUCAGAGGAAUAAUUUUAAUAAAAUUAUGUGGACGUAAUGCCCGCAGGCGGUAACAGUCGUUUCCGUGGUUACCCAGCGCGGAUGUCCGAGCGACAACAGCUUGCACUUCUGCUGCAGAUGACAUCCCAGGAAAUUGUACCCUCAGGUGGAACUCGUCCAGAUAAUCUAGCAAAUCAAUCGAGCUCUCGAUCAUCGUCCCUGAGUCAUCACCGGGGUUCGAAGAGCCGAUGGUCUACUAAAAAUGGCGAAUCCCCGACUUAUCGCAAGGAUGAGUACCGAGGACGAUCGAUGAUCUUCAGUGGAUACGACCAAAUCGAUAAGGACCCUAAUGAAGGCACUGGGGAUAAUCCCACGGAGACGUCUCCUGACAGGCCAGAGUCACCGUCAUCCGACACCGGCACCAGUGCACCUCCCGUACAGGACCAGCAAGAUCUCCAGAAUUACCAACAUAGUAAAGUUUAUCAGUAUCAACGGCCGACCGGAAGUACCACCGUCGGCACACACCAGGACGCUGAGGACAGUGGAGACCUCUGUGAAAUGCGUAGAACACCCCCGCAGAAUAAAGUGGACAGAUCGGGAAGCGGAACCGGAAGUUCACCUCGAGUGACCCUGCGUCUGAAUCAGGUCCGUGGAGCGAGGGAUGAUAAGAAAUCAGGCAGUGGCUCAAGACAGAGCAUGAGUGGUACGAAUCAGGUACAGAUGGAUACAGCCAAGUCGACACCCUCGACGGUUCCAGGAUCGUCAACAACUACGACGACGACCAGUGGCUCAUCGACCCCAUCUAAUGCAGCACCAGGUGCUGGUGCACCAGCAAUCGACAACAGCGAUGUUUACGAGUUCAAGAGCUCGAAGGAGGCGACACCAGUGAGAGGCUCGAGCUCAUCGCCAAAUCCCCCAGACAAAGAGAAAGAGAUCUCGAAGACGAGUCAGACGACUGAGGCACAGACGACCUCCAGUGAGAGCACACCAGCCGCAUCUGGAGGUACUGGCGCUGGUGAUAAUUCAGGUGGUGCAUCUCCCACGGCUAAACGAUCUUACGAGGGUAAUGAGGACGAGCAGGACGAGGAGAACAAGAGGAAGAAGAGGAAAGAGUCAGAGGGUAGUAAAGAUGCCAAAGGACCUGCUGCUGGGAGGGCCAGCACUGGCCGAACUGCUGGAGGCAACGACAAGUCAGACAAGGUCGCCUCAGUCGUAACUGCAUCAUCUAUUGUUGAACAGUGCCCAAAGACCGGUAAACAGAGUGGUGGCCCCUCGGGGAAGCCCCAGCAGUCGUCAUCGACGGCAUCGGAUCGUAAGAGUCCGAGUUCAGUGUCAGCGAGCAGUCCAAAGCCCCAGGGCACCCCAGCUCCUGAAUCCGAUAGCGAGGAGGACCGCCCCAAGAGUUCUGACUCGUCAUCGGCCCCGAAAGUUCCACCCCUGAAGAUCGUUAUACCCCAGACAACGGAGCAAGAGCAAAUAAGAAAUGGAAAGAAUCAACCGAGGGGUCACCAAUUGCCAUACGUUGUGGCGAGCUCCAACUCCAAUGAUUCAAUCGACAAAGACCAGACGCAGUCGACAUCUGGAACGACAAGCCCCACCGAGUCCAAACCAGAGGAGAAGAAGGAUUUCUCAGGUGUCAUUCACAACGAGGAGAGAUCCACUCACCACCAGAGAGUCCUCAGGAGCUCCCACAGGGGCAACGGCUCCAAUGGCUCCUCCAAGGACUCGAAUCAAUCAGCGAAUGGCAGUUAUUCAAAUUCAUCGCCACUUCCAGCAGCUGAUAGAUCUAAUAACUCAUCGCCACAGCCACCAGCCACUGAAGGGCCCUCGGAGCCAGCAAAAGCCACCUCGGGGGAGCCAGUCGCCUCGAAUACCCCGAAAGCCACUGAGAAGUCAGAGAAGAGCGAGGGGAAUACCAAGAAGGAGAGUGACAACUCUGAGAACUCAUCCUCGUCUUCCAGUGCAAAUCCAACGGUUUCUACUGCUCCACCGGUGGAGCUUCACCCCAGGAAACGCAAAAUGAAACCCAAGGAGGCGCAGGUUGUGGCGCAGGCUAGUGAAGCCAGUGAAGCCAAGAGCACUGGCACUGAAGUUCAUCCUCACGAUCAGCCAAUUACCAAUUGUUAUCAGCUGUUUUUGAAUAUCAGGAAGCAGAUAGAGAGGAGGAGAAAGGGACUAUUUCCUGUUCAACCAAAGCCACCGCAGGGCUUCAAGGAUUAUCUUAUGAACAGGUGCACUUAUGUGCUGGCUGGAAAUGCCAAUAAGGAGCCCAAUGUCAAUCCUCCGGGGAGUCUUCAGGGGAGCAUGAAGGAUUUGUACGUUGAGCAGGAGAAGGAGAGGUACAGGCUCAGGAUGCAGCACGUCGUGGAGAAGGAGAAACUCGUGCUGUCUGUCGAGCAGGAAAUCCUCAGGGUGCAUGGAAGGGCUGCCAGGGCACUUGCCAAUCAAAUUUUACCCUUUUCCGUUUGCACAAUUUUGAAGGACGAGGAGGUUUACAAUGUCAUUACACCUGAGCAGGAGGAGAAGGACAGGUAUCAGAGGAGCAGGUACAAUGGGAGAUUGUUCUUGAGUUGGCUCCAGGAUGUCGAUGACAAGUGGGAGAAAAUCAAGGAGGCUAUGCUACUCAGGCAUCAUAAUGAGGCCGAGUCUCUUCAUGCUGUUCAGAGAAUGGACUGGGAGUGGAAGCUCAAGGAGGUGGGACUGUGUGAGUUCAAGGCAACACCGCAGAUUGAUGAUCUUCAUGUACCCAUUGUUCAUGUGUCUGAUGACUUUGAUUUACUACCUGCAUAAAUUUAUCUUCUUGGAUUCAGGUGAAGUGGAAAAAUGUGGAGAGUUGGUUUUAAUAGUUUCAUUUUCAUGGACUUCUUUCUGCU